UUUCGGUGGCGAAGACCGUCGCUUCCGCCUCGAAUCGCGCAUGAUUUUAGAGCCAACAUGGGUAAUGAUGGAGGAAGUAUUCCCACCCGCCGCGAGCUCGUCCGGGAAGCGGCGCGGGCUCCCAGUACGACGCAAGUGAAGGAGACUCGGCGCGAAGUCCAGGAACAUUUCUGGAAUACCUGUCCGCUGUCGCAUAAACUUCUAAUUCGACCGAUUGUCUCGGACUCCGCUGGAAACCUCUACAAUAAGGAUGCUAUCCUGAAAUUCCUCCUGCCCGGUGACGAAACCGAUGGCAUCAGCUCAAAAGCCGACUGCGAGGAAAUCCUCGGUGGUCGCGUGAAGGGAUUAAGAGACGUUGUCGAGCUGCACUUCGAAGUCGACACCGAGUACGAGGCCCACCCAUCGUCUAAUAAGCAUGAGAAACGGGAAGGAUGGAUUUGCCCUGUUACCGCGAAGCAGUUGGGCCCAAGUGUGAAGUCGGUGUAUCUGGUGCCAUGCGGCCAUGUCUUUUCCGAGGAAGCCAUUCGUCAGAUCAAGGAUGACAAGUGUUUACAGUGUAACGAACCAUACACGGAAGACAAUGUCAUCCCGAUACUCCCGACCAAGGACUCCGAUAAACAGAGCCUUCUAACUCGGUCGCAAAAGCUAUACGAGCAAGGCCUUGCCCACUCUCUCAAAAAGGCCCCCGGCUCCAAAAAGCGGAAGAAGCAUGCCGGCAAUGGUGACUCCGCCGAAGACGCGUCUCGUGCGCAGAAGGAGCAAAGCACGGCGACGAGCCACAGUAGCACGCCAACGCCCACCUCUGGUGCUCCAAAUGGUAUCAAGCAUGCAGCCACGGCAAUGCUGACUGCUCGUGUACUCGAAGAAGAGAACGAAAAGAAAAAGAAAAGAAAAAUGAUGGGCAUGAAUGAGAAUCUGGGUAGCCUUUUCACUAAGAAUUCUAAGGACGGGAAUUCAAAGAAUGGGGACUUCAUGACCAGGGGAUUUACACUUCCUACGGCGGGCAAAAAGUGACCGGUCACUUCAUUCAUAAUGCAUCACGGGCGUCUGGGGUUGAGGUUCUAUCUGGAGACACAAAUGCUAUUUCAUCUACUCGAACGAAACCAACACCACAAUCUUGAGUAGCUGUGUAUAUAUUGCGACAACAUCAGUGACCUGAUGGAUUGGAAUUUCUAUAGUACAAAAAUAGUCUCUCAAAACAUGCUACAAGAACUAUAAGACAAGCAGUACUCUUCAAGCCGGCAUAGAAUGUAGAACUCUUAGAUGAGUCCCCUUUCACGAAGCUCCUGG